UAAAUGCCUGGUACAAUCAACUCGUGCCUGUGUACAUGAUCUCCCCACCCACUCUUGGCAAUGCCCCUCUUCAUACCGCAAACAUAUACAUACCAACCCAGAGAUAACCAGCCGGGCCCGGCUUGGACUCAGGAGCGAGCUCUUUACAAAGCAAGAGUGACAACAACCUACAAUAAAUACAUCAUUUACCAAUAUUAAUUCGUUUUUCCCUUGAAAAUAAAUAUACUUGCACACACGCACACCUUUCUUGGUAUUCUAAACCACAUUCUUUUUACUGAGAUUCCCGAGCGUUCUCCUGAAUUCUGACACGUUCAGGAAGCCCGGGAGUUGUAUUGACUUGUCGGCAACCCGAAACACCUCGCGAAUCUAGUUAUCUUGUCGACCUUUGACUGAACCCGAGUCCUAAAUAUAAACACUGCAAUAGCGGCAGAAUUCAUAAGUCUCUAUUUCAAGAUCUUAUAACCAUUUGAAUGCCCACCUCAUUUGAUAACGAAAUCAACCAUACUUCGAGCGGAACAUCACAAUCCAACAAAACAAAAGGCGCUUCAGCUGGAGUGCAGAUUCCCACCAAGAACUCCAAAAAGAAUGGGACGGCGAAGGAUGGCGGUGCUGCUGGAGGGGUUAUGGCUGCGGUGACAAGGAGUAACGCAGCGAAAUCGUGAGUCGCUUUCAGUUCAUGACGGCCCUCCAUGACAUGUUCAGUUGCUAACCUGCCGACUUGUCUAGUAAGAAUAAGCCUUCCGCGGUACCCUCUCAGACUCCGUCUCCAGAGACGAAGCCGAUAGUCUCUACACAAAGUGAAAGUCCGGUGGCAUCUCCUAUGUUGGACGCGCUAUCAUCGACUUCUCAAGGCUCCUCUGUUACGCACAACACAAAUGAAUGGGCAAAGAAUAUUCCGGCGUUUUCCAGCUCUCCGAACACCUUGAUAAGCCUGGGUGAAUCGCCUCCUACGCUACCCUCUUCAUAUGAAGACAAGAUCACGAACUACGGCUACCCUGGAAAAGAACCGAAGGGAUCUCCCAAUAAUCACAUCCCUUCAUCUUCUCCUCCAUUAAAUGCAAUAAGUCGUAGAAGACCGCUGAGCUAUCAAAUGGAUGGAAACCUUCCAUACAAUCCUGAAGAAUAUCACUCCGCACUGGCGUUUGCAGCUCGGCGUACCUCAACCUAUUCACAGCAAUCACAAGCGAUACGAUAUAACCCUUAUCCACCGCUUCCACAUCAACCUCAAGCUCAUUUCCAUGGAGCGCCGGAUACUAAUCUUAUGUUGUCACCUAGAACCUCGGGUCUGAUCCCUGGUGAGAAAGGCUUUUAUUGUGGAUUUGAUAGUUAUCCGGCACAGGAUGCAAGCAAGCCUCCAAAUAGUGUGAUCGUUACUGGAUUUGAGGGCGGGCUAAGUAUUCAUAAUGUCAACAAGAGAGGUGUGAAUAAGAUACUCAAUUUAGAUGGGUUGAGAGGUGGUGUCUACAACUCCAAAAUCCUUCCGUGGACCGCUGGAUCGGAGCAUUCCGUUCAAUAUCCUUUGAUCGCUGUCGUUGUUCACGGUCCGGUUCGUACAAUCAGUGAGAAAUCCAGUGCUGAAUAUAUUGCGUCUCCGGAAAGCCCUCCUGCGCCGACCGAUACAGUGGGUUCUCCAAGGCUGCCUACUCACUCCAUCGAUGGCGACAACGAUGAUGACUUAAUAGAAUAUUAUCAAACAACAGUUGAAGUAUAUUCAUUAAGUACAAGGAAACAUAUUGCCACCCUGCUAUAUACUCCAAAAAUACACUUGCCAAUACCUCCGUCAAGCCCAUUAUUUACAGCACCAGCUCCAGUUGGGUCGUUCACGAUACGAGCGGAUAGGGGUAAUGUUGUCGUAGCCUCGGGUAUCACUGGUGAAACAUGGAUUUUUCGGCACAAGGACAAGACUGUUUCAGAAGUCGAGUUCAAGUGUAUUGGGAAAGUAUGGACAACUGUUCAACACGGUCUUUCUGUAGAUCCAGCAGUUUUCAACAAUUUUGCGGAAGGUGGACGUCAGCCGGAAGCCAGCCCACGAUCUCAAUACAAAGCCUCAAUAUUAUCUUUGAAUGGACGUUGGCUGGCCUAUUGUCCCUCGGCAGCAUCUUCCCAAAUCUCACUCCGUGCUACUGUUCCAGAGACCCUUGCAACCGGGCGUAUACCUGGCCUGAUUUCACAAGCUCCUCCUCAUAUCCCGGCGGUAAACUGUCUGGUGGAUACUCCCGGUGGUGAAGGGGUAUUAAAACAAGUUCUUCAAGCUGCAACACAGGGAAUUGUUGAGAUAUCUGGAUAUGUUGGGAAGCAAGGUGCCCAGUAUUGGAACAAUUAUUGGAACAAGUCCGCGGCACCUCAGCAAGCGAGCGGUGGGAGCACAUAUUCAGCACCGCAGAACAUUUCUCCCCAGUUUCCUCCUACGCAUGGACUCAAUGGCCAAGCAAAUACGACAAGCAAAGAUCCUGGAUUAAUAUCAAUUCUAGAUCUAGACUCGCUUACACAACAGACCUCGGGGUCAUCGAUUCACCCUCUAGCUACUUUUCCCGUGCCUCAUGGGUGUAGCUUCCUGUCACUUGCGCCUAGCGGUCUAGCUUUGUUCACCGCAAGUAGUAAAGGCGAUGUCCAGUUUGUCUGGGAUCUCAUGCGGUUGCAUUAUUCAAGGUCAUCUCUUCUCAAAGGCGCGGGCUCCCAAGGUGGAGGUGUACAUGGAUCACAUGUUCGACAGAUUGCACAAUUCUCCCGCAUGACCAUUGCAAGAAUUGUGGACGUCGUAUGGACGGCACCACAUGGUGAGCGUGCUGCAAUGGUAACGGAGCCUGGGACGGUUCAUAUUCUUGACCUUCCAGCUAGCGCUUUUACAUGGCCUCCACCACGACGGCGGAUUCAUUCAGGGAGCUCUGAUCAGGCAAACCUCGAUAAAAAUAACGCUACUCUCUCUGCUGUCGGAGUGGCUUCAAGUGCUGUGUCAUCAUUAUGGACUGUAGCUCGACCUCUCGUCGGUUCUCGCAGGCGGCGAAGUAGUGUCGGUCUUCCCGGUAUCACUGCUGCUAGUGUGAAGUCUCAAGCAGGCCAGGGAACACAGGCAUUGGCUGCUGGGAUUAGCCGGUCUGUAGGCGCUGCAACUGGUAAGAUGAAUGAAAUGCGAAAGUCUGGCGGAACAAAAUUGCACCUACCUAAGAGCAGAAAUAUCCCCAGCCCGAACUGCGUCAGAUUCUACAAUGGGAAGCAUGGUGAUUCAAUCAUCGUAGUCGGUGGAGGGAUUGUCCGAAUCUACACAGUGAAAAGCAGAAGGGCAGAUCGUCCAGCCGACAAGCAAAAGGCAUCCAGGGGUGCCAAAUACGUCGAGUUUCAAGUACCAUCUCUACCUGACACUAGAAUUGCGCCAGGGCCAGUACCCGACGAUUUCCUUGGGACAUUAGCCAGAGAUACAGGGGAUAAUUGGAAAGCGAGGCAGGUAUCAAGUCGAGUACCAGUUCCCUCUGGAGCUGAAACUUCGAUACCUCAAGCAGAGAUUGAGUCGAAUGCCCCAUAUCAGCCAUUUCAUACAGAUCGCCGGGUUAACCUCCAUAUAUAUUCUCAUGAAAUGGCUACACCAUCAUCUUCCACAUCUAGAAGUGGUUCAUCUGACGUUAUUGUGACUGAAUCGACAAAGAAUGCGUGGGCAUUUGGUGGCCCUAUAAGAAGUGUGAGACUGGAUGUCGGUCCGCCCCAACUUACAGAAGAUGAUUACGAAACUUCCUCUUACCAUAGGGCUCUUCCUUCUUCUGCCAUCGAGCGAGUGAUGAGAAUCGCAGACAGCAGUCAUGAGGACAUGGAGCAGAUUGUAGUUACUACGAGAAGACGCAAGGGUGCCGGCACUAAUGGAGCCAUAAAUCCAGACAACGAAGAUGAGGAAGGCUUCUUUGAAGAUGAUUGCGAGGUCCUAGAUUUUGCUAGCCAACGAGUUUGAUCAGUUACGAUUUUUCAACAAUUCUUUUCGCAUUCUUGUGACAAGCAAAUUCAAGGCAAAUGUCGGUUCAUAAAGUGGACUUGGUUCAUAUCUUGGGGGGGGCAAUCAUCAAUGAUCGUUCUUUUAUUCGAGAUUAAUACAGUUGUAUAAGGCCUUCACAGGUUUAAUAGCAUUGCUUUUCUUCAAUCUAUGAUAGAGGGAUCUUUUAUCGGGGGUCUGCAGUGAGUAUUUGUGCAUAGCUUGAGUUCAACGGAGUUUUUGGUUAAGGACAUACGAUGCUUUGGGCUGCUUGAACCGGAGGCUGAAUACCGAUGACAGGAAUGGCUGGGGUUUUGCAGAAUGGCCGAAUAUGCUUGUGUGAGAUACCAUAAAUAACAAUAAGAAUGAAUAAAAAAUUUCCUAUUGGCAAU